AUGGACCAAACCCCGACUUUGGAAGGACCAAGUUUUCACAUGUUUCCGGGCCAGCCCACCAGAAUCUCGUAUUUCCUUCGUCUGGGAUCGGUCCGACAAGGCUCACUGCAGACCAAUCGAGGGGAGCUCUUCGGCCUGCACGACGCGACAGACCCCACGUUGUUUAUCGUGGGCAUUGGAAUGCUAGAUGGCGCGUUUACGUACUCAAACAAUGGAGAAAUGGUCGCGAUUUUUCAAUGGUCUUUCCACUGGAAACCAAUGCCGAAGGCGUGUCUUCUACCGAAGUCACAAUAUUGGUACUCUGAAAUCCAAGUCCUAAACAACGACAGCGUUGUGGUGGGCGGCGGCAUUGGAGCGUGCUCCACCACAGACUUGAUCACUUGGAGAAACGAAGGCAUUGUGUUGCAUUAUGCCAAUCUCACCGAUCCUUUUGGGAUGAAUCAAGCGCUGUUAGCCACUCGUCCAAAGGUCGUGUUAAGUUCAUCAGGUCAGUUUGUACUGUGGGUGCACGUGGACAAUCCAAAGAACGAGAUGGGGCUGAGUGGCGUGGCGACGGCGGACUUUCCAAAUGGCCCAUUUCGAUUCCAAGCUAGUUUUUACCCGUCUGGGGCAACCGAAGCGCCCGGUGGUCUAGCGAUUAGCGAAACCCACGACCAAACUGUAGUUGUAUCGUCGACUAAAACCCAUUAUGGACCCGUUGGUGGCAAGCGCGUGGACGGCUCCGUUGACUACAGUCUCAACUUUCACCGCGCUUUCUUCACCAAAGAGUAA